AUGGACAAAAAACUAGCCAUCACCGUGUUCAGCUUCCCACCAGACAAGGAUGACAAUGUCGGCACUACAGCAUACCAGACAGGUGGAGAAGCUGAUGGGGGUGAGACGAUACGAGGACGAGGCGGCGUCCAAGAUCAUGGAGGUGUGCGCGGCCGUGGGCGACGGCAGUUGCAGCGCCAAGGUGACGCCCAAGUGGCCGCCCGGUAUCCUGCGCAGCCCGCGGUUCGUGGCCACGCCCGAGUGGGGCUCCGGCUUCAUGCUCCCCAAGCCGGGCCCGACCCCCACCAUGCCGCGGAAGACGCCACACAGGUGGCCCAUGCAGCCCCGCACCAAGGAGGAGGUAUAGUAACUUCCAUUUCGUUCUCCCCUCAAAAUGGGAUGCUCGCAGUUGGCUCUUAUAGCCAAACAACAGCUGUUUAUGCAGAGGGUAGCAUGGAGCCAUUAUAUGUUCUACAUGGCGAGCUUGGGGGUGUUACACAGGUGCUUUUUUUACAAUAUUGA